UAUUUCCUUCUCUUGUCGCAGUCCUUUGCAAAUUAAAGGGACAUGCGAGCUCUUAGCGCGUCACUGAUUUGAUCAUACUCUCGUAUCUGUCUGUCUGUCUGUCUGUCUGUCUGUCUGUCUGUCUGCCUGUCUGCCUGUCUGUCUGAUAAAUGCAUUGCAUGUUUAUGUGAUGACCACUUUUAGAAGUCUGUCACAUUGAUAUGUGCCCCUUUCUGUUGAGUCACAAUUGAUUUCUGGCAGUUGUUCUAGAUGUAUUUUUUUGUGUUGCAUUAGUUGUGCCGUUGCCAAUGAAGAAUAAAGACGAUGGACGAGGAGGUGACAAGGCUUGCACUCCACUCCCAGGAGCCAAAGAUUAUACUGCACGGUUCAGAUGAGGGAGGAGCUGGUGAAGAGGAGUAUGUGGUGGAGCUUCAGGAGACUGUGCUGGUGUCAGAGGUGGAGGGCGAGGGCGUCUCCAUUCAGGGCUUCUCCGAUGAGCUCGUCAUCCAGGACGCAGUGGAAGACGUGGUUGCCGAGUACGUGCACUGUGAUGACGAUGAGGGCGUUGCCGUGGAGACCUGUGUGAUGUCCCUGGAGGAAGAAGAGGAAGGCGUUGCCAUGGCAGAGAUGACCGAGGAUGUUUUGGUGGCGGAAGGGAGGGAGUCGGACGGGCUGGAACCAGAAAACGACUCCGACAGCUGCGGAGACUACCUGAUGAUCUCAUUGGAUGAUGCAGGAAAGAUGGUGUCAGGUGAUGGAGAGGAGGUGACAGUGGAGGGGGCGAUGGAUGAUCAAGAGGUGGAGAAAGAUGAAGAUGGACAGGAAGUUAUUAAAGUUUACAUCUUCAAAGCAGACUCUGGGGAGGAUGAUCUUGGUGAGACGGUGGACCUCGGUGAGAGUGAAAGUGAGGCUGUAACUGUGGCUGAGCCAGUGGUUCGACCGCUACGGGAAAAGAUGGUGUAUAUAUCCGUGGGAGAUGGUCACCAUACACAGACCGAUGGAGGGUCUAAGCUGUCUGAUGAAGUGUACAUGGAGGUGGUGGUCGGAGGGGAGGAGCCAGUGCCCCAUGACAGAUCGUAUGACAGUACGGCACUGAGCAAGGACUUCAUGCCUGUUGCGUGGGCCGCUGCAUACGGUGCGGAGGAUCAUGAGGGCUGUGAGAAUCGUAACGGUGCAGCGAGCGCGUUACUCCACAUCGACGAGUCGGAUGCACUGGAUAAACUCAGCCGUCAGCACAGCAAGAACAGGAGGCGAGCUGAACCCCGACAGGUCCAGACAGCGAUCAUCAUCGGUCCAUAUGGACAGCCACUGACCGUCUACCCCUGCAUGCUGUGUGGAAAGAAAUUCAAGUCCCGCGGCUUCCUGAAGCGUCAUACUCGAUACCACCACCAGGACGUAUUGAGCCGCAAAAAGUACCAGUGCACCGACUGUGACUUCACCACCAACAAAAAAGCCAGUCUGCACAACCACAUGGAGGUCCACGCGCUCAGCAACAAAGCUCCUUUCGAGUGCGAGACCUGCGGCAAAGAGUUCCACCAGCAGGCGGCAUUGUUCACCCACCGCCUUCAACACCAUCAUCGCGAACAGAAAUCACCUACGGCCAUUGCGUCGCCGAUCUCUCACGCUGCGGCGACCAAGUUGCACAAAUGCAAGUUUUGUGAUUACGAGACUGCUGAACAAGGCCUGCUCAAUCGGCACCUACUGGCCGUACAUAGUAAGAGCUUCCCGCACAUCUGCGUGGAAUGUGGCAAAGGUUUCCGCCAUCCAUCGGAGUUAAAGAAACACAUGCGGACGCACACCGGCGAGAAGCCGUACUCCUGCAUGUAUUGCGAUUACAAAUCUUCCGACUCGUCCAACCUCAAGACGCACGUGAAAACAAAACACAGUUGCGAGCUGCCGUUCCGCUGCGAGCGUUGUGGCCAGACAUUCAGUGAGGAGGAGGAGUUGACGCAGCAUGCUGCGACGCACGAGGACGCACGAGGGCACCAGUGCAGCCACUGCGACCAUCGCAGUUCCAACUCGAGUGACCUCAAACGGCACGUAAUUUCCGUGCACACUAAAGACUACCCUCACAAAUGUGCCAUUUGUGGAAAAGGCUUCCACCGACCGUCCGAACUCAAGAAACACUCGACGUCGCACAAAGCAAAGAAGCUACACCAGUGUCGCCACUGCAACUUCAAGAUCGCAGACCCUUUCGUACUUAGUCGCCACAUCUUAUCGGUACACACCAAGGAGCAACAACAAACGCAGCAACAGCCAGCGUCGCCAACGGAAGCAUCGCCACCGCAGGCGCCUCCGGCAGAAAAGAGCAGCCCCAAGAGGACUAUAGGGGCGGCGCAAUUAGCAGCGGGUGGCGCCACGGUAAAGAAAGCAGGUGGGGCGGUGGGCAAGGGCCCACGGGAAAGGAGGGUGUAUCAGUGUCAGUAUUGCGACUACAGCACGGGCGAUGCAUCUGGCUUCAAAAGACACGUCAUUUCUAUCCAUACGAAAGACUACCCUCACCGCUGUCAGUACUGCUCUAAGGGCUUCCGUAGGCCUUCUGAGAAAAACCAGCACAUUAUGAGGCACCAUAAAGACAUGGUGCCAGCAGAAUGAGUGUGGCGAAACCAUUUGCACCCUCCUCUUCCACAUCUUCAUCAAGAUGCCACUCACUUCCAUAAGGACACUAAUCAACCAGUGAUUCAAAAUCACCAUCGCUCAUAUUGGCAACCCCUGCACUGGCCUUCUUAUUAAGGCUUGCCAUGCAUAGCAAUGUGUGUAAGCUUUUGUGUCUGUACGAGAGAGUGAAUAUGAAAGUGUUUAGUGAAGUAGAACACACUUUUGCAUCUCAAUGGCCAAUGGUCUACUGCAUUAAAGGAAUGCUUGUUAGUUACUUACCCUCAUGUCAUUCCAAACCCGUCAGUGUUUUUUCCAUUCAACACGAAAGUAGAAAUGUCGUUCGCAACUUAUUUCCAUACAAGGCACAGUGACCUGUCAAGCUCCAGAAAGGACAAAAACACAAUAAAAAUGGUCAAUACAGCUUUUGCACUAUAUUCCAAUUGUUCUGUAGCAGUAUGAUAGCUUUAAGUCAUUAUUCAUUGAUAACUGUUCCUGUCUAGAUAAACAAAUGGCAUGUUGACGUGAUUGACGGCAGGAGGGAAAGGUUAUCAAUGAAUAUCAACACAUUUCGGUGUGUACCUAGUACAAAGCUGAUGCAUGACAUGUUUUGACUAGAGGUAGACCGAUAUAUCGGUUUUACUGAUUAAUCUGUGCCCAUAGUUGCUUUUUGGAACUCUUGUAGCCUCAAUGUCUGUUCAUGUCAUUGUAAGGAAAGACUAAGAAAUGUUUCAUCAUUCUAAAAUUCAUCAAACUAAUUUUAAUUAAUCGGCUGAUUAAUCGGUUAUCAGCCUUUUCCACCUCCUUUGUUAUUAGUAUCGGCAAAAUCCACUAUCGGUCCACCUCUAAUUUUGACUAUUAAUUAUGCCCUUUUGUCGGUAGCUUAACAUCCCCAGUCCCCAUUCACUCUCAUUAUAUGGAAAAGAGUAGCCAGGUUAUACUUUUUUAAGAUUUUUGUAUUUUUUAAAAAUGUUCUCCUUUUUUUUUAAAUGCCCAAUUCCCAAUGUGCUCUAAGUCCUCGUGGUGGCGUAGUGACUCGCUUCAAUCCGGGUGGCGGAGGACGAAUCUCAGUUGCCUCCGCAUCUGAGACGUCAAUCCGUGCAUUUUAUCACGUGGCUUGUGGAGACCUAGUGCGUGUGGAGGCUUCACGCUAUUCUCCGCAGCAUCCAUGCACAACUCGCCACGUGCCCCACCGAGAGCGAGAACCACAUUAUAGCGAUCACGAGGAGGUUACCCCAUGUGACUCUACCCUCCCUAGCAACAGGGCCAAUUUGGUUGCUUAGGAGACCUGGCUGGAGACACUCAGCACGCCCUGGAACAACUCGCGUCUCCAGGGGUGGUAGUCAACGUCAAUACUCGUCAAUACCAGGACCAUCAGCCAGGAUAUCCUGCACCUUUCGUGUUCCACAGAAGAAAGUCAAACAGGUUUAUAAAUGACAUGAGAGUGAGUAAGUGAUGACAGAAUUAAAAUUUUUGGGUGAAAUGGAUGUGUGGAUGUGUUAUAUGUCUUUUUAUCAAUACAUUUCAGUUUGUUUUUGUACUUUAACAAAUGACCUUCAUUUGCAAUCAGCCUCUGGGAUCAGGUGCGAUAUUCCUGAAGCUUUUCAGAUACACACUACGAGUGCUCUCAGCUUCUCGUCUCAAAUCUGUAACAACGGGGGAGUCUGACCCUGGGAUUGCAUAACCUCUCUUAAACCUUUGAAUAUAGGAUCAUGUACACAUGUCUUCCAAUUGACCAGCAUGUCUGUCUGAUUAACCGACGUCCGUGUGGGUAAAUUGGAAGGUAUCCGGUAAUGCCUUUAGUCUUUGCUAUAAUUUACAGUAAGAAAGCUUGAGUUCUGCAAUUACAAAGGAAAGAUUUUAAUGUUUGAUGAACUAUUCGGUCAUGCAAGGUAUUUUUUGUUCAAUGCUGUAAGUUGAUUUAAAUCCAUUGCACAUAAAGAGUGGAUGUAUGGGACCAUAGAACUACUAAAUAUAGACAAAAAGGUGAAUCUCAUUUGCAAAGAUCAUGUCCAGGUCAUAUUAUAACACCCAAAAAAAUCUGUAGAAAUAAGCAUAUUUUAGUACCAUUAAGAGUUUUUGCAUUGUGACAAAUUUUCAGUAUUGCAGUCCAAAUGAUAAUUUGUAUAUUAUAUCUGGGAUAUUAUUUAAUAGUAUUUAUACAUCAGAGUAUUUGCUGUACUGCCUUUAAUUUAUGCUGAUUAAAAUAAAAUGUCUGGUAGUAAAUAUUUGUAUUAUGUAAUAAAGGAAUAAAAAUCACCAUUGGAAAUAAUGGGAAUUACAAAAAACAAAAACGUCCUGAUGCUUUAACUAUAAAGCAAAAUAUGUCUUUUUUUUUUUUUUUUUUUCUUUUUGAUUUUGGGGUGAAAUGCGACCUGGACAUAUUUUUGUCGAUUGACUAAAUUAAUUUGUAAACUAUAUAUCCAGUAAAAUUCAGUAUGCUAAUCAUGUCUGGAAAACCGUUUUUGUUUAAAUAAUCUUAUUGGACAGUAUCAGCCUAAUUGUUUCAGUAUACACAACAUGCAGUAUGUACUUUUAAAAAAAGACAAGUAAUAUGAGAUUACAAGUGAUCAUAUCUGUGUGUGAUUGUGUGUUAGCAGGGUUUACAUCAGAUCUGUUUGCCGUUGCCAGUAACCUUGAGUUACAUUGUGUUAUGGUUAGACUAUCGUCUAAAAGGCUGUUUUCCUGUAGAGGUCCAUUCUUAUGAGUCAAUGCAAAUACACACCAUAACCAGUACAUGUCUUAAUAGUCAACGUCAGACCUCACUAGGUGUGCUUAUUUUGGCUGCCAUCUCUUACUUCGCAGUAAUGAUGUGUGAACAUGUGGCACCUAUAAAAUAGAAAUAAUAAAUUGACAAAAAAAGCUGGAAUUGACAAGUCAAAUGCACUCUUGUUUAUAUGUAAUGUUAAUCAAAUAUAGAAUGAAUGCUGAUUUCGUUCCAAUACCUGUGAUGGUUGAUGUCAUCUUAAGCUUUGUAUGUUGUUGGCCAGUGGUUCCUAGAGGAAGUCGACAUAUUUUACAUGACCUCAAAACACUGAAACAGCCUCUAUUCGACACGGAACAGCACCAUUGUUGAUUAAGGCCAUUAGUGAGCGUGUAUCUCCCUCAGAUUGAUGCCAUUCAUAUUACUGUUCCCACACCUUCCUCUCCCCGUGAUCAUUUUUAUACUGCAGAUAUUUAUUUGGUCACUGUUUAAACUUUGUUGUAUAGUUAAAUGUAACUAGAAUUAUAUGGGACUAUAACUUAUUGUUUUGUACACAGAUCUGUAAAGAGAGAGUGUAGAUGUAAACACUUUGAAAGGAGUCUGAACUUUUGUGUUGUCAUGGAUGUAUCUUCACAUUUGUAAAAAAAAAAAAAAAAACGAUAAUAAGGAAAUAAAAGCAAAGUAUUUUCCUGCAUUUUCUGUUCAAUCUGGAAAUGGAAAUGAGAAAUUUGUAAAGGGUGUUCAUUUGUCUUUACCGUACAUGUGUUUCUCACAAAUGAUCAUGAUGUCCAAUGGCAGAAUGUUAGCCUCAGUCACCAUUCACUGUCAUUAUGUGGAGAAAAAAAAAGAUACAAUGAAAGUAAAUGGUGACUGAGGCUAACAUCUCCUUCUGUGGCCCACAGAAGAAACAAAGUCAUAUAGGUUUUGAAAAA